AUGAGGAAAAAAGAGAAAAAGAAAAAUAAAUUUUAUGAAAAAAGACAUGUAGAUCAAACGCCAGGAAAAGAAGAAAAAUCGGUGAAUGACAAGAAGGUGUUCGAUGGGAUCAUCAUCAUAGCAUCUUUUACAUUGGACCUCGUCUUUAUUGACGGCAUUGCUGACAACGAAGGUGAGGAAGCGGUUGCCUUCAUCAUUCUUUUCCUCCUCUGGAGGAUUCUGCGAGUCAUCAAUGAUCCCACCCACUUCACCAUACCGCCCCGGAUCUUUGGAAUGAGUUGCCCCUGUCUGUCCGUCAUGCUAGCUCAGCUCAGAUUCAUGGUGACCGCCAAGAAACGCCAUGAGUUCCGGAUAAAGCUGCAGAAGAAGGCCUGUCGGAGGUUGGAGAUAAGGCUGGAACUCAUCGACAACGACAUGUCCGCUAAAAAGAAAGAAAUUUUGAACCUGAAGAACCUCUGCACGGCGAAAGGAGCCACGGACCGCGAGAUACUGCAGUGUAAACCGUCCAGAUGUGCGUUUCAGAGCAACCAGCUGAACACCUCCAUGGGACUCUCCAGCAUCGCCAGCCUCAGCAUGGGAUUCACCAUGUCCAUGAAGAGCAGGUUCACCAAUCCCAAUUUUUUCACCAACCCAGCGAACAGUACCGCCAACAAAUCCGUUGAAAUGACUCCGUUCGCCAACUUAAUCCCGCAACACAACAACUCCGACAAUGCAAACACGCCAGCACCACCGUCAACUACAGCGACGUCCACAACCACCAACAACAACAACAAGAAACAGACGCUUGGUCCAGCGCCCAGUUCCAAAUCCAUGCUGUGUAGUUCUCCCAACAUUGCACUGGCGAGUGAGCAAGAGUGCCAUCAUGAUGUGACGCCUGGUGGCUACUUUCUGCGCAGGGCCAGCAUGAAGGGCAGCAGCGUCACAAAAUCGGAACCUGACAUCAUGCUGGAAAUGGAGAGCAAGGUCAAUGAAACGUCUUCAAGACCGUUCAACUUGAUGACUACACAAAAGAUGGAUGGCAAGAUCGCAUCAACUUUGCUGCCAUCAUCAUUGUCGUCGUCUCAAACAACAACGACAACAUUUGUCAUUCACCCAUGCAACAACAAAACUGUCGUUUCUUCAGUUAACAUCAAUCACAACAACAACAACAACCACAGCAACAACAACAACCACAGCAACAACAACCACAGCAACAACAACAACCACAGCAACAACAACAACCACAGCAACAACAACAACAACAGCCACAACAACUUCAACGUCGAGAACGCUUCAAAAACAGCAGGCGACAACCACAUGGAGCUAGCAAAUAUCUUUUGCUUGACCACUCCGAACGGAACUACCAAAGACUUCUCAACGCCUGCCUUCAAUCACCUCCUAAAUAAUGAAUUUCCUCAUCAACAACAACAACAUCAACAACAACAACAACAUCAACAACAACAUCAACAACAACAACAACAUCAACAUCAACAACAUCAUCAACAACAACAACAACAUCAACAACAACAACAACAUCAACAACAAUAUCAACAACAGCAGCAACAACAAACCGUCCCAACGUUCUUUACAGGAAGCUCAUCAGCAUUCAAUCAAGCUCUGCUGUUCAAACCUCCCCUACCUACGACAAUUAAAAUCCCAUCCAUCAACAACACAACCUCAACAACAACAACAACAUCUACGUUGUCGGCAACAACAGCACCAACAACAGCAACGACAUCCACAGGCUGUUUUUCAUUCUCUUCGUCCAGGAAAAAUAAAAUUGUUGAUAAAAAUAACAAGAAACUCAGCGAAACAUCGAGACUGUUUAGCAGUCCCAAGAGGAAGAAUGAGCUGCUUUUGAAAUACAACACAAACAACAACACCGUUCAAAGUACACAAUUCAACGUUGCCAGCAACAACAGCGUUGAACAAGUAAGUUAUCGGAAAAACAAUGCAAAAAGUGAUCGAAGACUUUUUCUGUUGAGAAAAUUUAAAAGUAAACAGAACAAAACUUUGUUUCAAAAACAACAACAACAACAUUAUCAAUCCCAACAACAACCUGUCCAGCAAAAUCAACUCACAAAAAUGCUGCCGAGACAAACUGAAGAAGUUGACGAAAGAGAUUUAAUGGCAACAAUUCAUCAGGACGAGAAACAACAUCAACAACACCAACUACAUCAACAACAACCUAGCGAGGAAGAAUUUUUGUUGCACCACCAUUCACAACAAUAUCCAGACUCAUCCUCAAAAUCAUUUUCACAACAAAAACAACAGCAACAACAACAGCAGCAGCAACAACAACAACAACAUCAGCAACAACACAAUCACACUCCGGAUUUAUGCGACAAGAGACGAGUAUUACUGACGAACGACUUCUUCCAUAAAACUGCAUUAGACAUACAAAGCGAUCCCAGCAACAUCAGCGACAUCAAUCAAAAUGUUAAUGUCAACAGUGGCUCUUACACUGCUCAUGGCUGCAAAGGCAUCAUUGGUGACGAAGAAGAUGACGACGAAGUGGUGGAGCUAGAUGAGGACGACGAAGACGAUGAUGAUGACGUCACUGAUGACAUCAACAACUGCAUCACGGACGCAUCUUCCUUCAAUACGACUACAACUUCAAAUCGUUCAUCGUUCAACAACAACAACGACAACUUCUCCAUCGCUGACCAUUCGGACAAGUCCUCUCUGUCACCCGCCAGAAAAGCGCCAGCCAUCAAGCAACAACUUUCUCAACAACAUUCACAGAUCAACAACGACUUCAAUGUUGAUUUACACAGCAGCAACAACAACAACAACGCAACAGCCAACAAAAACAAAUCUGCCAGCAACAAAACUUCAAAAAAGCAACGCAACGAAGAAUGGAGACCCAGUGGGAAGAAUGAUAAGAUUAUAGAGUUGCAACUUUCUUUUUGCUGUGUUUGA